AUGUGGUCAGCUUCCUCAUAUUAUUCACCACCAAAACAGAACGCAUGGUGCGCUUCGAGUGUUGCUGAGCAAAGCUAUUCAUUCGAAUCAGAGAAGAAAAUGCCUAAAUAUGAAAUACAAGUUCAAGUUCCACGGGUGAACAAAUAUGGGUUUGAAAAAAGCCAAUCGCCAUCUCUACCGGAUGAGUACGACGAAUUCAGUGACCCAACAUUGUCAUUUGAACGGAAUCGUAUCAAGCAGUUACAGGAUGAACGAGUUCAUAUCCAAAAAAAAACAUUUACCAAAUGGUGUAAUUCCUUCCUCAACAGAGCACGACUCGAAAUUGUCGAUUUAUUCGUGGAUCUUGGAGAUGGAGUAUUAUUAAUGAAAUUACUGGAAAUUAUUUCGAGUGAAAAGCUUGGCAAACCAAAUCGUGGUCGAAUGCGAGUGCAAAAAAUUGAAAAUCUCAAUAAAACACUCGAUUUCCUAAAGAAAAACGAAUUCAGGUAG